AUGGCGAAAACAGCAGAGGAGGAUAUUAUUCUAAGCUACAAUGAUGUUGUACUUCAGCAAUUAGAUUUACACAUUUUAAGUGAGCCAGAAUUUCUCAAUGAUCGAAUCAUCGAGUUUUAUUUAAGCUAUCUACAUUCACAAUUUCCUUCACUGGACAUCUUGUUGGUCCCACCUUCAGUAUCGUUUUGGAUAACAAAGUGCCCUAAUGUGGAAAGCAUUAAACAUGUGGAACCCCUAAAACUACCUGAAAAGAAGUUGAUCAUCUUUCCGGUCAAUGAUAACACUGACUUGACAAAGGCUGAAGGUGGAAAUCAUUGGAGCUUGCUUGCUUUCGAGAGAGAUACCAACUUAUAUGUGCAUCAUGCCAGUCUUGGAGGGUAUAACACUUGCCAUGCUAAGCGACUUUAUGAGGCAGUUGUUCCACAUAUGGAGUCUUCUACUACAAAAUCUUGUGGGCGUUUUGUUGAAUGUUCUAGCACUCCCCAGCAAAAAAAUGGUUACCACUGUGGGUUGUAUUUUCUAGCAAUUGCACGAGUCAUCUGGUUAUGGGACAGUAGCAGUGGACCAAAAGAGGAGGGAUUGUGGUAUUCUUCUGUAGAGCAGCAAGUUACUCCAUCCGUUCUAACACAUACAACAACAAUCAAGGAAAAUCAUUCAACACAUAAUUUAUAG